UUCCACAAUACUGAAAUAUGGUGUUUUUAUUGCCGUCUGACUUGCCGUACAAAAGCAAAGUCACCAGGAAGAGAAAUGUCAAACGUUUGGAAACUGGUGCCGCAGUCUGCCGCUGUGUCAGGGGUCCUGGGUCUGAUGACAGGCACUGCGACUGUCCUGGCCACCAGCGAGGUGAAGAAGAAACCUGCAGCUCUGAGUCUCAGUAUUGAAGAGCUCCCGUCCCUCUAUGUUACUCCAGAGCCGCAGCUCAGGUAUGUGGAGCCAGAGGUGGGGCCAGUGGAACAGGGCGUGGCCGAGCUGAGGAAAUGGGCCGAGCCUUUCACCAACCAGUGUCAGGUAACAGGUCUGGUUGCCCUGGAGAAAGCUGAGGAGGUCUACAGGACUGUAGAGCCCACUGUGAGCGCCUCCACCAGGACAGUGAGAGAGACAUAUGAGUUCCUCAAUGAUCCUCCUCCGGACCUCUAUCCCAGCGUCGGGGUGGUUGGCUUCUCUGGCUUCUUAGGAUUGUACCUGGCCAAAGGUUCCAGGGUGAAGAGGCUGGUGUUUCCUGUCGGGCUGAUGGCUCUUAGUGCUUCCAUGUUCUACCCCCAGCAGGCUGCCUCCUUAACCAAGGUGAGCAGGGACUCUGUGUACAGCUGGAGUCAGCAGGGUCGGGAUGCUGUGGAGACGCUCUGGAAGGACCUGCCAUUUGGCAAGGGCAAGGCAGGCUGAGAAGACCGAGGACAAGAGCACGGCUAGCUGAGACAGAGAGCCCGGACACAUCACCUAGCUGUCACACACACACACACACACACACACAUAAUGCACCUGAAGAGUGCACUCAGAGUCAUAUACAGAGUUCAUAGAACUUGGUUUGAGAUUUUGAAAGUUAAUGGCAUCAAAGGUCCCAAAACAAUCACAUUUUGUUGUCAUGGAACAUUUGGUUCAAACGUAAGAGGAUAGGUUAUAAUUGGAGCCCGGCCGGUAUAUUGCUUCACCGAUAUUAUCCACCUAUAUUGGCCGUAAAGCCCAGGGUGUUUUAUUUGACUGUGCAUGUGUGUGUUCAUGUUGUGGUCCUAAUGUUUUGUCAGAGUCUGUGUUUGGGUGUGUGUGUGUUCAAUCAUGUGRUGUUCCUAGGUGUGGUUUGUUGCUGGCCCUCAGGCCCUUGUUCUCCUAUGCCUUUGGCACCUGAUUUGUUUCAUGAAAUUGUGAAAUCCUCAAUGGCUGAUGUGAAUAUAGGGGAUUAGGAUUCUUGGCAUGAUAACAACGGUUGUCAGAGGAGUUGGACUGCAACUUCUGACAGAAUCACCUAUAUUCACAACAGCCCUCUUUUCCUGAGAGUGUUUUUCCUUAGGUGGCAAAGCUCCUCAGGGUGCACUUAGUGUUGACACACAAAACAGAAAAGUAUUUGAAUUUUGGAGGACGUUACAUCAUGUCAUCACACCCACCAGUGGUGAGAGCCUGUUAUUACCAUAAUCUACUGUAUGUCUAAAUUGGUUGGAACCAGGCUCUUGUCGUAAAAAUACAAUUUGUUUUCAGUGAUAUAACCUGGCUUAUUAGAGGUGAAAUAAACUCUGUAGGUCUGGGUGUGCUGUACCAGUGUGGAUCGAAAUCACAUUCAACACCCCUAUAUGCACCGCGACUCCAUGGUGUACACACACCGAAACACACCCUAGACAGAGCACCUUAACAUACCUCUGUCUCUCCUGUAACAUGAUACAUCACAUUCCCUCUUGCUCUGUUACCUUGCCAACUAACCAUGCCAACCUGUUGUAACCAUGCCAACGGACACAGGAGACUCCUGUCAGCUGUCCUCUGACCUCGUUUCCGUGUUUGUCUAAAUCUUGUUGCUCAUGCUUGUUUGUUUUGGUUAUGUUUUUGUAUUUAUUUCUAAAGACAUUCCCCCAUCAUUGAUCUACUACAGAGUGCACUACGAUAAUGUUACAUAAAUUAUUUAAAAAGUUAAAGAUGUACUUCUACUGAAGAAUAUUUAAACGUGGUGUAUAUUUUAAGUAUUUUGUGUUUCAGGUGAUGAUUUUCAUUUUGAAUUGGUUGAUUUUGUAUUGAUUGUCUGUUCCCAGAAAACUACUGUCUAUAAACAGAGAUAUGGUCCUAAUAAAUCAAACUCAUAUCUGA